UCCAAAACCAACACCACAAAGUCAUGCUGCACCAUCAUAGUGAGCUAUAAUAUCAAAUCCUAGUUGAAGACAUACGCAAGCACAACUUUCGACGUUCAUCAUGUCGCUUUGGCGCUACUACCAAUCCCUCUCCCCCAAGACCCGUCUCAUGGUCGGAGGAGGUGCAAUGGCAUAUGCCUGUAUCGGUCUCUUCCUCUCAGAUACCGCCGAGGAGAAACUAGGCUACACGCCUACGGAGGAAGAUAAGCGGAAACUAAGGGAAGCUAUGCCGAAGAUUAGGGUGGUGGAGGAGUGAACACAGCCUACUACGGGGAUUGAGUGGUGUAUUAUAGGGGUGUCGAGAUUAGGAAGGAGGAUCAUCUUUUUUUUUU